AUGGCCGACGCCGCGCCGUGGCGGCGGCGGACCGCGGCCCUCGCCGCGGCGGCGGCCGUCGGGAGCGCCCUCGCGCUGGCGGUGUUCGUGCCCUGGCGGCGGACGGCGGUCCCGGCGAACAUGAGCGCCGGUGCGCCGUCCAUCCGCGUCGACGUGUCGCGGCCGGACUCCGCGAAAAGCGCAGUGAAAACACUGUCGGACGUGCCCGUGGGCGCCGGGCGGCCGGACAUCGUCCACGUCGUGCUCGACGACGUGGGCAUGAACGACCUCUGGGACAGCCAGGAUUUGGCGCCCGAGGUCUUUCCGCACAUGCUCGCGCUCGCGCAGGACGGCGUGCGCCUGACGAACUACUACGGCCAGGCGUUCUGCACGCCGGCGCGCGCCGCGUUGAUGAGCGGCAAGUUCGGCCACCGCACGGGCUUCGCCAACGUCGACGUCGACAGCGCGGCGACGCUCGAGAUAUCCGCGUGGGGCAACUUUAGCUUGGCGAACGCCGGCGACCAGAUCUUCCUCUCCCAACGGCUGGCGACGGCGGGCUACGAGGUCCACGGCGUGGGCAAGUGGAAUCUGGGCCACUGCAACGCCGCGUUCCUGCCGCCGAGCCGGGGCUUCAAGUCCUAUUUAGGGUAUUACGGCGCGGGCAUCGGCUACGUGAGCCACGAGGUCGAGCAGUCGGGCAACGUGGAGAACUCGUUCACGCGCCACUUCCGGGACUACUCGCUGGUGGACAUGCAGCGCUGCACGCCCCAGGGCUGUUUGUCCGACGCGUCGGUCAUCGGCGAGUACUCGACGAUUUUGUUCACGAACGAGUCUCUCCGGCGCAUCGACGGCUUCUCCGUGGAGAACCCGACCUACCUCUACGUCGCGUACCACGGCGUCCACGACGACAAGCAGUCCAACGCGUCGGGCCUCGACUACCCCGCGGCGGCGCUCGAGGCGCUGGAGGAGCGGCGGCGGAACUUCGGCAUCGCGCUCCACGCGGUCGACCACGGCGUCGGCCUGCUCCAGCAGCGGCUCGAGAAGCGGUCCUCGGACUACGUGCUCGUGGUCCACAGCGACAACGGCGGCUCGCCCUGCGGCACCUACUGCGACAGUUCGAACGCGCCCUACCGGGGCAUGAAGUUCUUCGACUUUGAGGGGGGUUUGAAGCUGCCCGCGUUCGUCUACUCGCCGACGCGUUUGGCGUCGCGCGGCACCUACGACGGCCUCAUGCACCACGUCGACUGGACGGCGACGUUCCUCCGGGGUUUAGCCGGCACGCUGCUGGACUGCUCCGACUGCGACUCGCGGGACCACUGGUCCGCGAUCUCGUCCAACUCCGACGACAAGUACGAGAUCCGCGACGAGGUCGCCUUCUCCAGUUGCAUGGACAGCUCGGCGAUGAACUUCCUCUUCGACGUCGACGCGGACCCCUACGAGACCCAGAACCUCUACUACGACGACGCCUACGUCCACGUCCUCCGGGGCUUCGAGGACGAGGCCGCGCGCAUCAUGCGGGAGGAGUACGUCCACCGGACGCUCCCGCCGGGCUCGCCCGAGGGCGGCGCGGACACGAUCGCCGCGUUCCUCGCGUCCUCGCCGACGAACGACACGGUCAAGCACGCGACGAUGCGCGCCUACGUGCCGUCGCACAACCUGAGCCGGAGCUACCGCGGCGGCGCGCGGGAGCGCGCGCCGCUCGUCGCGCGCGCCUGCGCCGAGACGCCCCAGCGCCACGGCGUGCCGUCGGCGGCGUCCGUCGCGCGCCUCGCGGCCGCAGGCGCGACGGCCGCGGAGCCGCUCGACGGCCUGCUGUGCGGCCGGUUCCGGAUCACGAAGACGCUCGCCGACGGCACGUUCUCGCGCAUCGCCCUCGUCGAGGACCGCCUCUUCCCCCACUGGCGGCGGCGCGUCGCCGUCAAGGUGCUCGCCGCGGGGUUUCGCGAGGUCGGGCGCCGCGAGGCGGCGGUGCUGGCGUUGUUGCAGGGCGCUCGAGGUCUCGCGAUCCCCGAGUUCUUCGGCGCCCACGAGAGCGGGCCCCACUACGUCAUCGCCAUGGAGGCCUGCGGUCCAUCGUUAGGAGAACUCGUGAAGCAGUCGGGGCCUCUGGGCGAGCGCGACGUCCGCCGCGUGUCGAGCCAGCUCGUGGCGGCGUUGGCCUACUGCGGCGCGAAGCGCGUCAUCCACGCGGACAUCAAGCCGGAGAACGUGCUGUGCGCUCGGCCCGUGCUCGGCGUCGACGCCGAGGUGCGGCUCAUCGACUUCGGGAACGCGAUCCGGCCGAGCGAGGCGGUGCGGUAUUACGACGAUUUCGAGAUCCAGUCGCUGGGCUACCGCGCGCCCGAGGUGCUCGCGGGCGUGCCCUUUGGCUACGCCAUCGACAUGUUCUCGCUGGGCGUCGUGCUCGUGGAAGCGGCGCUCGGGCGGGCGCUGCUGCGGCCGGCGCGGGCGGACCGCGGCGCGGCGCGCGCGGCGAUCGAAGCCGCGCUCGGGCCGUUCCCCGCGGCGCGCUUCGCCGGCGCGCGGUUCGUCGUCGACGACCUCGGGAGCGCGCCGGCGCCCGCCGACGACGGCGACCGGCGGCGGCGGCACCGGGACGCCGUGCGCCGGCUCCUGCGCGACUUCCCGCCGCGACAACCGGGCGACGGCGCGUUCGCGUCCUUCGCCGCGGCCAUGCUCGAGCUCGACCCGGACCACCGCGCGACGCCCCGGGAGGCGCUCUUCCACCCGUUCCUCGCCGACGACUUCCCCUUCGCGGCCGUGUUUAGCGACGGCUAA